UCUCGUCGCGCCUCGGCACCGGUCGACGCGUCGAACGAGCGGCAGCCGUUGGAGUCUUGUAUUUUGUGUUUUGUGUUCAUUGAACCACGACUGGUGCCGCAGACAGCGACUUCUGUCUCGUUUUCGCCUGCGCGUUGUUUACACGACUAGAGCGAGAAUGCAAGGUGCAUACAGUCGUGGUCGCAGGAAGUGAACCCUCGACUCAGCUGAAACAUGGCUUAAACACCGGAGCCGCGGUGGAUUGAGUCGGGAACCAUUUGAAAUCCAUUUCGAAAGUUGCUGGUCGCGAAGACCGCCUGCAGCCGCCGGCCUUGUUUUCAGAUUAUUGUCGAGUCAGAUUUUGAGAGCUGAGCUUGCCGUGUGGUCGCUGUUCCGCGUGGAAAUUGUUCGCGAGUCGCAAAAAGGCCAUUACGAAGCUGGGCACGGCGCGAAGGAGUGUACACAGUGAGUGAAUGGUCGUAGUUUUACGCGUUUCCAGUUUGCGGAAUUGGCGAUUGUUUUCGCGACUGUGCUGUGCACGGGCUGUAACGCGACGGUUGCUGAUCGUGACGUGAUUACCAAAACGCAAUCGAAGCGAAAUGGCGCGGGGUGCAGAAGAAGAGGAGGAGGAAGUGCGAUCCUUGCUUUCGCGACACCGCAGUCGCAUUAUCCUUGACUUGAAGGAGACCGACCUGGUGGCGGUGCUAGUGAAGAAUUCAGUGAUCAGUGGGUCCGAGGAGGAUUUGUUGAAAGACGAAGGUCCAAAAGAGGACGACAGUGAGAAAGGUAAACGCGCAGGGAGUGACGAGUGUGGUGAUGAGAGCCACGGCGUCGGUGAUGACGGUGGCAGUGAGGAAGCCCCGGAGAAGCCCGGCGUCGAGGUCAAGUGCUCGCGACUCAUCGAUCUGAUCGCCAAAAGCGGUUUCGAGAAGUUCAAGCAAUUCUGCUAUGCCAUCGAGAACGAGUGCCCGCAGCUGAUUGAGGACCUCAUUAAUGAUCGCCUGAAAUACGAUGGACUGUCAAUGCCUAAAGCGGGUGCCAACGCUUCCAAUUCCUACCAAGACACAACCUCAACAAUCAGCAAUGCUACAGAAGCAAAAGAUCCCGUCGACAUAGCCGCUGACUCAGACAAAGAUACCAGUGAUCGAUCUCAUCGUUCUCUCAGCUAUGGAGGAUCCGUCAACAUAACACCACCCGUUGCAGCACCUCGUAAGGGUGUCAAAUCAAUAUCUCCAAUCCCCACCACGACACCAACAAAUAGUCAACCACCGCCUACACCGGAACUUCCUAUAACAAAGUUACCACCCGAUCAAGUGAACUUGAAUCAAAAAGUUGAUUCGAUCUCGAAAUUUAACCAAAGUUCCGCGACAAGCAACUCGAGCAACUAUUCGUCCUUGUUAUGUCACAACACGACUACAACCACAAGUCCAGCAACAGUCCGAAAACGUGAUAAAAUCCUGCACAGAUUCAGUGAUGCUGCUACUAUUGGAAGAAAGCUGAAAAAGAAAAAAAAUACAAGCCGGCCAUGUCGAUCGAUGGCGGAACCCAUUGAGGUCCUGGCGGAUCCUGUUGUCGAGGAUGAUUUUUUUACCGACAGAACUUCGUGGGAGUAUCAUACUGUAGCUAUAACUCGUGUCCCGGGAUAUGGUUUUGGUAUAGCCGUUUCCGGUGGACGAGAUAAUCCUCACUUUGCCAACGGCGAUCCAUCAAUUGCUGUUAGUGACGUGCUGAAAGGUGGACCUGCAGAAGAGAGAUUACAAGUGAAUGACCGAAUAAUAUCCGUGAAUGGUGUAAGUCUAGAGAACGUUGAGUAUGCGACUGCAGUUCAAGUAUUACGUGAUAGUGGAAAUACAGUAACAUUAGUUGUAAAGCGUCGCGUGGCAAAUUUAAAUCUCAACCCCAACCAACAUUCACAUAGUAUGAGUUCAGUAGGUUUAACGGGUGGCGGUGGUAUUUUAACUGCCGGUCCCCAGCCCGCUGUUGUGCCAGGACAGCCAAUAAAAGUUGUCCUUACGAAAGCUAGUAAGAAGGAAGACUUUGGCAUUGUGCUUGGCUGUCGACUAUUUAUAAAGGAAAUCACAUCGAAAGCCCGAGAUCAACUCGCAGCCAACGGAUAUUCGUUACAAGAGGGUGAUAUUAUCACUCGAUUAAACAAUACAAAUUGCAGUGACACAAUGAAUAUGAAAGAGGCGAAAAAAAUCAUAGAUGGGUGCAAAGAACGAUUGAAUCUUGUUGUCCUGCGUGACGUUACAAAUCAAAAUAUCAGUAACAAUAACCUUAACAAUGCAGGCCUUCAAACUUCUAUGUAUUCUCAUACUCAACAAUUGUCGAACUGUAGUAAUAAUCUGGACGAAGCUUACUUGAGUGGAAACGCGCCAGGCUAUUCGUCACAAAAUCUCUACGUACAACCACCGACAAGAGGAAUUACAUCACCUUUGGCUGAUGAGAAAAACAAUUUGACGCCACGUGGACGUUCAAGGGGUCCACUCACAGAUGUUGCCCUAUCACAAUUAGACCGUCCUAGCACCCCACCAACAGGAAAUUCUCCUAGAAGACAGCCGAAUGUGGAUGAUCCACCGAGACCUCCUCCGCCACGAAACGAAGAAUUUUACAGUUCUCGUCGACAAUUGUACGAAGAUGACCCGCUACAACGUUCGCGACAAUCGGCUGAACCGCGAUUUAUAUCGUUCCAAAAAGAAGGCAGUGUCGGUAUUCGAUUGACUGGUGGUAAUGAGGCUGGGAUAUUUGUUACGGCUGUUCAGCCCGGCAGUCCCGCAUCGCUUCAGGGACUCACGCCUGGUGAUAAAAUACUUAAAGUGAACGACAUGGAUAUGCAUGGUGUAACAAGAGAGGAAGCUGUGCUGUUUCUUUUGAGUCUUCAGGAUCGAAUUGAUUUAAUAGUGCAACACUGCAAGGAAGAAUAUGAUGAAGUGGUUGCAAAUCAAAGGGGUGAUUCGUUUCAUAUAAAGACGCACUUCCAUUGUGAUAGUCCGUCGAAAGGAGAAAUGGCAUUCAAAGCAGGUGAUGUCUUUCGAGUUAUUGAUACACUUCAUAAUGGAGUUGUUGGGUCUUGGCAAGUGUUGAAAAUUGGUCGUGGUCAUCAGGAGAUGCAACGUGGUGUGAUACCGAACAAAUCACGAGCUGAGGAGCUUGCGACGGCGCAGUUUAAUGCGACGAAGAAAGAGAUGAAUGCUUCUGAAUCAAGAGGGAAUUUCUUCAGAAGAAGGAGAUCAACACAUCGUCGCUCGAAAAGUUUAUCCCGCGAAAAUUGGGAUGAUGUCGUUUUUUCUGAUGCAAUAUCAAAAUUUGCUGCCUACGAACGUGUCGUGCUACGGCAUCCCGGCUUUGUUCGUCCUGUUGUUAUAUUCGGCCCAGUGGCAGAUCUAGCACGAGAGAAAUUAGCCAAAGACUUUCCGGAUAAAUUUACAUCUCCUUUACAAGAUGACGACAAGUCAAAUGCAAAAUGUCGCAUCGUACGACUAUCGAAUAUUCGUGACAUUAUGGAUCGUGGCAAGCAUGCCUUGCUUGAUAUAACACCGAAUGCUGUCGAUCGACUUAACUACGCGCAAUUCUAUCCAAUUGUUAUAUUUUUGAAAACAGACUCGAAACAUAUCAUUAAACAGUUGAGGCGUGAUGUACCGAAGUCGGCGCAUAAGAGUUCAAAGAAGCUGUUAGAGCAAUGCGGCAAGUUGGAUAAAGUUUGGUCACAUAUUUUCAGCACAACAAUUGUUUUGAACGAGACAGACUCGUGGUAUAGAAAACUGAGGGAUGCUAUUGAUCUGCAACAAAGUGGGGCCGUUUGGAUGUCCGAGUCGAAGCCCGUAGAGUCAUUGUCCGAUGAUUUCCUAUUCCCUAUGUCAACAUCCCGUCUAUCAUAUGCAUCAAGUCCUGAGUCGGAUUUGGAGCUUAGUCCUGGGCCAUCGGCAUCAUUAUCCCUAGGAAAUUUACCGCAACUGGUUAAAUCCAGUUCAGAUCCAUCGAUUGCAACUAAUCAGGAUAAUUUGGAUAGGGAUAGGGACAUUGGUGAAGGACUACCACCAUAUGCGCACCCUUACAACCACUCCAACGCUAUGUCUCCAAACCGUCAACCAGUCGACGGAAAAUUCGGUUUCUCUGGUCCUGGCAAUAAUCCAAACCAAUCCACUCCUGAGAACACCGUAAACCGCAAUCAACCGAUAUACGGAAUGAAUGCGCCUGAUUUGCCACCACGUAUAGACAGGGCAUCAAAACCACCUGGUGGUGUGCCAAUAUUAAGCGCUGCAGUAAAUAACCAGAUGCGAAAUGGCAACUCAUCAGGAACGCUGGGACGGUCGGCCCAGGAACGACUGUUCGGAAAACAAGGAGCCGGCGCCGUGGAAGAUGGUCACGAGGAAUACGCCACAAGACCAACUAAUACCGAUUCCAUGGAGCGAAAUGCUGAAAAUUCUUUGGAUCGUCAACGCCAUAAUAAUGUGCCAGGCAGUGGGGCUGCUGGUGUUAAAACUCCAGGUGGUGCACCGCAACCUUUACAGAAUGGAUCAUAUGAUAGUGUGUCAAGUUAUGAUUCAUAUAACACAACGCAAAUCGCCGCGCAGAAUAUACGUUUAGGACCGAAUGCACCAGAUGAUCUGAAGUCUGUGCCGGCUGUGAACACUCGAAUCGCACCUACUAUGGGCACUGCAGACUAUCGAGACCCUUCAAUGGCUAAUCGAAACCCAAUUCAUGAGCAUCCGAGAAAUUUGCACGAACAUAUUGGACGAGGAAUGGUACCAGGUGGACCAAAUGAUCUCAAUCGGCAAAGCAGUCCCGGAAGACCGCUAUAUGAUAUUAAUUCCUCUCGAAAUAUUGAUAAUAGAAACCCACAUGAUGUGCGUGGAAUGAACAUUCCUCAACGGCCGUCCAAUUUGGGUUUGGAGAGCAGUCCACGGAAACAGAUUGUCGAAACAAAAACGGAUUAUGGCAAAUACAGUCGAAACAACUCAACCUCACAAGCUGAUUACAACAAAUCACCCAAAUCUGCCCAUAUUGGACCGCCCACCGGUGGCAAUGGUAACAUGAACCCUGCCGCCGGUAAUGUGCCAUUUAAACCAGUCCCACCACCAAAACCGAAAAACUAUCGGCCACCGAUUCAGGGGCAUAUGAAUGCUAGUGGCCAUUGGGAUAAUGGGGAGCCUACGUCGCCAAGAUCUCCAAAUGGAUUUUUCUACCCACCAAACUCGUCACAUUAUCAUCAUUCUCAGGGAGCGCCGGGUUCGCCUCAUAAUACUAGUGGCCCACCACAUCCUGGUCAUGCUUAUGGACAUUACAGUUCAGGGCAGCAGCCGCCAUACCCAGCGUCAAAUGGUUACAAUCCAAAUGCACAUCCUUAUAGCGGCGCUCCAGGAGGUGGACAGUAUAUGCAACGCGGUCACCAUCCAAUGGCAAAUGUUCCACCUCACCAUACACCUGAACGCCAUGCUCUUGAUCUAGCUGGAAGUCGAGAGCAACGCGGCUCUGCUUUUGAAUUGUACCGUAAACCACAAAUCGGGACAGCGGGGCACCAUCAUAACUUGAGAAUUACUACUUUGAAGAUGACAAUAUGCCGCCACCUCUACCUCCGCCUCUUCCACUUCCGCCUAAAACAAAGAAAAAGUCAAUGUUGAAAUCGCCAUUGGCUGCUAUCAAGAAUGCCUUUAUGAAAUCAACUCGACCGUUGAGACGAAUGAACAGCAUGGUUGAGCCGGAACGUAAGAUAAAACCAUGCCUGAGGCGACAGUACUCAUUGAUGGAGAAACCU